AGCAAAGAGAUUCUUCAGAGUGACGAGAUUGAAGUUGAUUCUUGCUGGUAUUCCAGAAUGCCGAAAAAAGGAAUGAGAAGUGUUUAUCACAUAAACCCCAGCAAAACACCAUCUUCUCCAUAUAAUUCUCCAUUGAGAAAUGGAACUCCAUUAUUUUCUUUCUCGGAAUCAAUGAUCGCCGAAACUAUAAGUAACGCAGAACAGAAGAUAAGCAAAUGGAAUCAAGAAACAUCUUCUUACGCCAAAGUGACUUCCUUAUUCUACGAAAGUAGAAAAGAAGCUCGAGAUUACAUUAACUGUGUGAAUGAUUUACAAAGAGCUAUGCAUUUCUUGUUAACAGAAAAUCCAAGUUCUGAAAAACUUAUUCGUUCUCAACAACUCAUGCAAGUUUCAAUGAAAAGACUACAGAAAGAAUUUUAUCAGAUUUUAUCAACGAACCGAGAUCAUUUCGAUCCUGAAUCAAUCUCGAAUCGUUCUUCCGUAACGUCGAGAUCGAGUUUAAGUGAUUACGAAGAGGAAUAUGACAAUGGUUUUGAUGACGAGAUUCAACAAGUUGAGAACUCUAUAACCGAGGUUGAACGAGUCUCUGUUCUUGCUAUAUCUGAUCUGAAAGUAAUCGCCGAUUGUAUGAUUUCUUCUGGUUACGGAAAAGAAUGUGUCAAAAUUUAUAAACUCAUUAGGAAAUCAAUUAUAGACGAAGGUCUUUAUCGAUUAGGAAUCGAAAAAAUGACUUGUCAAAAAAUUCAAAGAUUAGAUUGGGAAAUUAUCCAACUCAAGCUUGAAAAUUGGUUAAAAUCUGUUAAAAUCUCAGUUACGACACUGUUUUCAGGUGAACGAAUUCUUUGUGAUCAAGUUUUUUACUCGUCCGAUUCGAUUAGAGAAUCAUGUUUUACUGAAAUUUCAAAAGAAGGUGCAGUGAUUCUUUUCAGUUUCCCUGAACUAGUUUUAAAGAGCAAGAAGUCAUCAUCUGAAAAGAUUUUUCGAAUUCUCGAUCUUUACAAUUCCGUUUCUGAAAUCUGGCCAGAAAUUGAGUCAAUUUUCUCGUUUGAAUCGACAAGUUUUAUUCGUAAUCAGGCUUUAUCUUCACUUGAAGCGUUAGGUGAUUCGGUUCGAAUAAUGUUAUCGGAAUUCGAAACAACGGUUCAGAAGGAUUCAUCUAAAAUUCCAGUUUCAGGUGGUGGAAUUCAUCCGUUAACUGAAUAUGGUAUGAGUUUUAUUGCUGGGUUAAGUGAUUACAGUGUAAUUUUAUUGAAUUUAAUGGAAGAUUGGGCGUUAUCAGUUGAAACCCGGUUACCAGAAUCAUACUUCUCACCUCCAAAUCCUAAUGAAUCUGCGAUUUCAAUUCGUUUCGCUUGGUUAAUUCUUGUCCUUGUUUGCAAACUCGAUGGAAAGGCAGAAUUAUACAAAGAUGUAACACUAUCAUAUCUUUUUCUCACCAAUAAUCUUCAUUUCAUUGUCUCGAGAGUUCGUACUUCAAAUCUUUCGUUUCUUCUUGGUGAAGAUUGGAUUUCAAAACAAGAAAUGAAAGUUAAACAGUAUGCUUGGAAUUAUGAAAGACUGGGUUGGGAAAAAGUUGUAUCCGUUUUGUCACCAGUUAAUUCGAUGGGCAAUGCUUAUGCAGAUGAAAUGAACAAUUUGUUGAAGAGAUUUUCUUUAGCUUUUGAACAAGUUUAUAGAAGUCAAUCUUCAUGGAUUGUACCUGAUAGUAAGCUCAGAAAUGAAAUCAAAGUUUCCAUAUGCUCUAAGCUCUUACCAUUAUAUAGGUCGUUAUUCGAUAAAUAUCGUGUUACGUUACAAGGUGAGCCGAUAACUUUAGGUGAUUCUUCUUCUUCUAUGAUCUUCUCUCCUGAUGAUUUGGGUAAUUACUUAUCGGAUUUAUUUUAUGGUAAUGCUUCUUCUACGACUACCAGUACUACGACGCAUUCAUCUCGUGUAGCAAUGCUACGACUGAAUUUCAGACCGAGAUGGUGUUUUUCUUUCUAAUGUCUGGUGAUCUAUGGAAUUUUUUUACUUGUAUAUGUAACGCCUGUCUGUAUUUUAUAGCAAAAGGGAUUAAUAGAUAUGACUAACUUGAUCGAGUU